AUUAGUAAUAUCCAGUUUCCCUACUCACCACACCGACGCCGACGAUGCUGUCUACUGUCGCCCGCGCCCACGCCCGCCCGCGCUGCGUCCCGGUCUUUCGCUCCUUUGCUACCGAAACCGUCUCCGCGGGGACGAGCGCGUCCUCGACCCCGCCCCCGCCCCCGACGAGACCCCCGACCAAGCAGCCGCGCACGCGCCUCUACCCCGCCCCUCGCCCCGCCAAGUCACACCGGCACCAGGCGCUCCCGCAGCUGCCCCCGACGUUCGGGCGCAACCAGCUGCUGCCCGUCGCGGACUCGACGCGCGCGCUGCUCGAGUCCAUCGUCGCCGAGUUCGAAGCGCCCAUCCGCUACGCCUUUGCGUACGGCUCGGGCGUGUUCGAGCAGGACGGCUACGGCCCGACGAGCGCGGGCGCGCCGAUGGUCGACUUUAUGUUCGCGGUCACGCACGCGGACCACUGGCACUCGAUCAACCUCAACCAGCACCCGGGGCACUACCCGCUGCACGCGCGCAUGUUCGGCUCGUCCUUCGUCGCCAAGGUGGAGGACGUCGUGCCCGGCGUGUGGUUCAACACGCUCGUGCAGAUGAAAGGUGUCAGGAUCAAGUACGGUGUGACGACCGUCGACAACCUGUGCUCGGACCUGCUCAACUGGCGCACGCUCUACCUCGCGGGGCGCAUGCACAAGCCGAUCCGGAUCAUCAAGGACGACCCGCGCGUGCGCCUCACGCAGCAGGUCAACCUCACGAGCGCCGUGCGCGCCGCGCUGCUCACCCUCCCCGCCGAGUUUUCAGAGACGCAGCUGUUCGAGCGGAUAGCCGCCAUCAGCUACAACGGCGACCCGCGCAUGAUACUCCCCGCCGAGAACCGGAAUAAGGUCGCCAAUAUCAUCCGGAAGCAGAGCCCCCAGUUCAAGGAGCUCUACCACCGGCUUGUCGUUGGCUUGCCCGGCGUUCACUGGCCGUCGCACUCUAGCACCAUACAGCAGGACGUCAGCCCGCAGGCGCGCUCGGCGCAUUUGAGAAAGUUGCCGAGCAACUUGCUUGCGGGGGUUGAGCGGAACUAUGUCGCACGCCCCGAUUUGCCGUCAAAGGCGGCGGAUGAAGGUGUUUACUGGACGAAACUGGCAGGCGAUGAAGGCCUGCCCACGGUUCUGCAUCACGAGAUGAGCCAGAUCGUACGGUACCCCGCAGCCAUCCAAACACUGAAGGGCAUCGUCAGCGCAGGGCCCGCCAAGAGUAUCCGGUACUCCGCCGAGAAGGUAGCAAAGUGGUGGCAGGGCAGGAAAGCGAGUGCAACGUCCUCGUAACCGCCCCCGCCCCCUGUGCUUGCUUCAUCUUAUCUGCGGACGGACGCUUGGUUGCUUGGUGGCUGGCCGAUCCUUAGACGGCCUGGAUGUAUCGAUACUGCUGCAGUAAUAUUCGGAUGUAACUUACGUGCCCAUACUUAUUCGGAACGAAAGACGUAAAAUAAAGCUCAAUUCAUC